AUGGAGCCAGUUUUGACAUCCUUCCUGUUCUUUCUGACUCUCAGAGGUUUGGAUAUUCCAACUGUGCAGGUCGUCAUUAACCACAACACCCCUGGCCUUCCCAAGAUCUACAUCCACAGAGUUGGACGAACAGCAAGAGCAGGGAGGAAUGGAGUUUCCAUCACACUGGUGACACAGUACGACAUCCACCUGGUCCACUCUAUCGAAGAACAGAACAAGACGAAGCUGAAAGAAUAUCCUGUGGAGGAGAAAGAAGUCCUGAAGAUCCUGACCCAGGUCAAUGUGACAAGGCGGGAGUGUGAAAUUAAACUCGAGUCAACAGAUUUUGAUGAGAAAAAGGAGAUCAACAAGAGGAAGCAGCUGAUCUUGGAAGGAAAGGAUCCAGACCUGGAGGCUAAGAGGAAAGCCGAACUGGAGAAGAUCAGGAGCCAGAAGAAGCGGUUCAAACAGAAAAUCCAGGAGAGCAUUCAAAAACAGAAACGUGGACAGCUGAAAAAGAAACUCAUGAAGAGAAAACUGAUGAAAAAAAAAAAGGCAGCGCAGGCAACGGUGUGAAAACUGCUGUGACCCAUGUAUAUACUACAAGUUUAUAACUGUACACUAUGUAAUAUUUUCCCAUCUGCAAAUAAAUUUAAAGUUGUGCUGAAUCUCAUGCCAUAAAACCA